AUGGGCUGUGGUCUGAACGUGGCUAAUCCGGAACCGACGGUUUGCGUGAAUCAGAUCCUUUCUCCAACAACAACGCCGUUCACCUGUGAACAGGUUAUCGCUAUAGUGCUGUCCCGAUUAGAGCAUCUGAUUCAAAUUUUCGAGCGGGAAGGAGUAGACUCUAUUCUGCCUCUUUACUACAAAUACUGGCUGCAUAAAGAUCAGAAAGUGACGCUUUACGAUACAUCUCAGUCGGUUACGAUUAUCGGCCUGGACAAAGAUGGCUACCUACGAGUGAAAGCGGUUGAUACGAAUGAGGUGUUCAGUGUACAGCCGGACGGAAACACAUUCGACAUGUCACGCAAUCUGAUUCGAUGCAAAACUUGCUGA